AUGGCCAUCGAGGCUCAUCAUGAUGAGUGCCGGCGCGAGGGCAAUGAGAUUGCACAGGACCGGCCUUGGACCAUGGUUGAACAGCUCGCGGCCAUCCGGAUGUGCCUCGAGCCAAUGCACCGUCUGCUCCGCCGGCUUCAGUGCGCCGGGGCGCAGGUCCUAGAGGGCUUUUGGCCGGGCGGUCUGAUUGCGCGGACUCCCAAUUGGACGGCUGACUAUCUGGAGGUGGUGGCCAACCGGCUCCAAGACUGGAAGGGAUCCGCGGCGAAGGCUGGGGCGGCCAAGGCGCUGGAGUUCGUCAAGGCCUGGUACCCUGGUGUGCGCCUAGGGCAGCUGGCGACCUUCCGCCAGGAGGCGCUACCAGAGCUGGCGGCGGAGCGCUGUCACAUCCCUAGCUUAUGGCUUUGCACCAGGGCUCGCCCGCCGCCACCCUAUCGCCGGCCCCGUUGCUCCUCCGCCCUGUCGCCGGCCGCGUCACUCCCCCGCCCCGUCGCCGUCGCUCCCCCGCUCCGUCGCCGGCCCUCCCCCACCCCGUCGCCGUCGCUCCCCCGCUCCGUCGCCGGCCCUCCCCCGCCCCGUCGCCGGCCCUCCCCCGCCAACCUGUCGUCGGCCCCGUCGCUCCCCCGCCCCACCCACAACGUUGCGGCUCUCCUGGCCGUCGUCCUCGCGCUGGCGUCCGGCGCGGCAUCGCAGGCGCCGGUGGCGGGGCCGGCGGCGCCGGCAGGGGACUGCGGCUCCGCACUGAUGGGCCUCACCAGCUACCUCCCCUGCAGCUCGCCGGUGUCCACGCAGGGCAACCCGCCCAAGGAGUGCUGCACCGGCGUCAAGACCGCGCUCGCCAGCCCGGCCAGCGUCGCCUGCCUCUACGACGCCUUCGGCAAGGACUACGGCAUCCCCAUGAACCUCACCCGUGCCAAGGGCCUCCCCGCCGCCUGCGGCGGCAACCCGGCUACCCUCAACAACUGCAGCCUGAAACUGCCCGGCGGAGCCCCUAACAGCGCCCCUACUGAAGGUAAUUCCCCUCUCUCUUCUCCUUUGCAGUUCCUACAUUUUGAAUCCCUCUCUUUAUUCCUGUAGAUCCGUGCAGAAAAAAACGUUAAUUAGAUCUAAUCAGUAGAUGCUCCAAUCUGACUGAUUAAAGAACUGCCGAGAGCUAGAGUCGAUUUAUCUCCACCUCCAUUUUCCACUCUUGAGAUCGAAGGGAAAACAUAUGAAUGUGUCCUUGGGCAUUGACAUCAAUGCUUUCUUGGACUACAGAGAAUUUUUCUGGACACCUCUGGCACCUAGAGUACAACAGGACUAUCUUUCAGUGGUCUGCAUGUGAAAAAACAGAACAUUUUUUGUUGUUGAGAAUCUCCAUUUGAAAAAGAAACAUCACAAAAAAGAAUGAUUUUCUUUUGAGAUUCAUAAAGAAGAAUGAAAUUGGCACAUAGCACUUGUAGUGUAAACGAAGACAUUCCUAAUAAAGAACUGCUGUCAUAGUGGCGGUGCUUUCAAUGUCAUCAUAAUUUUGAGGGAUGGCAGCCAGAUGUUGCACUGGAUCACGCACACAACAGAAUUGAUAAACAAUUAUGAUGGGCGGCAACCACCAAAUGAGCUCGUC